UUCCUCAUGUCCCUGCGACUGCUCCACCUGGUUAACGAGACGAACGCCUCCUGCCCAGACUUCAAGGGCCAGAACUACAGUGCCAGCUUCCACACGCAUUCAGCGGCCAAAGGCAACAGGAAGAAGAUCUACCACGGUCAUCUGGAUGGGAAGGGGCCAAGGAAGGGAGAGCAUGCCGUAGUUAAGGUGUUCCGUGAUGCGGCCGGCACCGAAGAGAUGUGCGACACGGAGAUCGAGAAACACAAGCUAGCCCGCCGGCUGGCUAAACGGUUCAACAAAUUCGUGCCGGACGAACGGUGCCGGAUCAACUUCACCCUCCCCCUCAAGUCGACGGUGGAGAGGAUCGGGGUCGGAUGUUACCUGACCCGGCAUAAGACACGGCACAUGGAUAAGAAGGAGUGGGUGCUGAUAGAGGAUAAUCUCAUCAAGAAGGGUGAGUACGAGAGCUUUAUACGUAAGACGGGCGAGCGUAUGAAGACUGACCCAACGACUCUGGACGCUUUUCUUCACUUCACAUUCCAGGAGAGUGAGGGCAAAUACGUUCUCUGUGGCUUCCAGGGUGUCCAGUGUGACGAGGGCUACUUCCUGACCACCCCCUGCAUUCACUCCGUGGACGGCAGGUUCGGAUCCAGCACAGACAAAGGCGCCGCCGCCAUCAGAAAAGUUUUCAAGAGCCACCGCUGCAACAACCUGUGCUACAACUUCAUCCACCCCGAGCCAUGUGAGGGGGAGGAGGAGGAAGAGGAGGUCAAGGGCAGUGACAGUGACAGCCUCAGUACCAACGACAGCGGGAGGAAGUUUGAGCAGGACCUCAUAGGUCAUGUAGAGAAAGGUCACCUCAAUGGCCUGGUUAGGGAUAAUGGACUGCACAAAAUUGAAGAGACAAUUAAGGAGAAUGAUCAGUUAGCAGAGACAAUUAUGAAGAAAAACAGCUUGAAGAAAAAACAUAAAGAGGAUCAUCGGAGUAAUGUUAAAGCCUUUGGAAGCUUGAAGAAACAGCCUUCUUUCUAAGCCUGGACUGCUAUAGUCUACUAUAGGGCUGGUAAGUAGGUCAAUAAACAGUUCUAUGGCUCAUGCAGGUUUUAUUGAGCCGUAGAACUGGUUGGUGACCUACAUACCAGCCCUAUAGGUGCUGACUCAAAAGUAACGAUUAUGAUAUUAUUAGCACUGAUGUAUUGUGGAUUGCUAGCUGUUUAUAAUAAUAAGAAAUUCUAACUAAAACCUUUUUGUACCAUGCUUUGUAUGUGUCUGUUUUUAAAUUAUAUACCACUCUAAGGACAUUUUUUUUUAAUUUAGAUAGCCUUUAACAUAUUUUUAGAAAUACUUUCAUUGCUGUUUUUUUCUUAUAACUUUAAUCUAGGAAUAGGAUAAAGUGUUUGCUCUUUCUAUAUGUUUUCAUUCACUACAUUAAGUUUUGAAGUUUGUUGCAAACUCAUUUUUUCACCUAUUUAUAAUUUAUAAUCAACUAUUCUUAACACAUUUAAUAUAAAAUUUAUUGACAGUUUUUAAUUUUAAAAUCAGGUCCUGCCCUUUUUUCUUAACUUAAAUUUUAAUAAAAUAAAUAAAACAUGACUUUGUGUUUCAUACAUCAUUAAGAAAUAUCAUGUAAGAAUAUAUACAAUUUUGAUAAAAUUAAUAAGAUAUUUAUGGUAUUACCAUGUGUCGAUUUGUGUAUUCCAUUUGUGGAAAACAUUUUUUUAUCAAUUUGUGUAUUGUAUUUUGAGCUGACUCUUAGAUUGUAAAAACAGACUAAAAUUUUGACUUCAUGUAUUCUAAGCCUCUCUUGCCAUAAAAUUUAUAUAUUUGUUUUCACAAAACCUUUCUCAGAUUGAAUACACCUAAUUUUCUACAAAUUAAAAUCUCAACCAUGUCUCAGAUUAUUAUUAAAAUAUAUUCCUAUCCCCUUAAUUCUUACAUAAAAUUUGUUCCUAUUGCUAUUGUAGAUCUAUAAAUUAAUUUUUAAAAUCUUGACCUUCCCUACAAUGGGUGCCAUUUAAACUGAAUGUAACAGCUUCAACAGAUGUCCCUACUUUUUAUAAGUUUUACUGUAUUUUGAUUUCCAUGCCAGUAGUUUUUAAACUGAGCAUUAGUUCAAUAUCAAAACAAAAAAUAAUAUUUUAUUUACAAUUAUUUUUAUCUGUGCAAUACCUCAAGCAUAAUCAGAAGUUAUUUUUAAACAUUUUAACAUGAAUAUAAUCCGGUAAUUUAAUUGAUUUUUAAAAAUACUGAACAGAAAUUAACGUUGAUCUGUUGUAUGCUGAGGUAUGGUAUUUCUGGUAACUAGAAUAGCCUCAUUCCUCAUGUACAUAACCUAAAAUUUGCAUUAAAUUUUUUUUUUAUGUUUUCUAUUUUUUUAACAGUUUUUUCAAAUAUGUUGUACGUAACCGGUAUAAGAUGUUUUUGUUUAGUUUAUUAAGUGUGAUCUAAAAAAUCUACUUGCUUUAUUGUAAUGACUUACAUAUCAUUUGAUAAUAUUUUUUAUGUAUUUAUUGAUAUAAAUUAAAAAUGUUUUUUAGUUUUUUUAUUCUACAGAGAUUGAUGUUAAAUACUUUAAUAAAUUUGCAUGUAUUAGCACAGUAAUUAUUGAGUGCUGGGCUAGCACAUUUUUAAUUUAUCUGGAACUUUUAGUCGUUAAAAAGGUUUUAUAGUUGUUUUUUUUAAUGAGAAGAUAACUCACACAUGUAGUUUUUAUGAUUGGAUUAGAAGUGUUAUGAGUUACUAUAGAAGCUUUAAGAUUAACUAAUAUAUGGCACAGUAGACAGUGUGACCGGUGUAGAACACCUUAGGAGAAACAUAAAUACAUAUUUUAAUUUCUGUUGAUAAUUAUAAUAUAGUCUGUGCGCUAAUAACUAAUAAUUAUUAGUUUUAAAUUAGGCUAUUUAACUCCUAAACUUAGCACAUCUAUAUCCCUAUUUUAGCUCAACUCAAAGCAUUCCUUUAUUUAUUCAUUGGUUUUUAUAAGCUAGUAAUUGUUACUAUAGCUGCUAUUUUGUAGAUAACUCCCUUUCUUCGUAAUGUUUAUCAUUUAGCCACUCUAUAUGGCAUAAUUUAAAUCUUUUUAAAAAUAUUAAGAAAUAUUUUUAGAAUCGUUUAUUUAUUUUUAAUUUUCUCAAGAGAAAAACAUGCGGCAGUCAAGACAGGCAGAAUUCUACCCCAAUUUAAAUACAAUAGGAAACGGCAGGGAUCUUAGAUUUCGACCUGUUUCUACUCCAUUAAUUGUUAUAGUACACAUUGCAAAUAUAUUGUAUCUUGUUCAAAAAAAAAAAUUUUUUAGUUUUUUUUUGGAAAUGUUUUCCUUAUAAAAUAUGGAUCUUAAAUUUUGAUAAAAUACCGGUCUUAACAUUAUAAUCUAAAUAUUUCCUGUUGUAAAUAAUUGUAUGACCUGAAGAUAACUUGAUAUUCUCCUGUUACUUUACAACGUGAUAUUCUAGCUGUUGUCAGAUUGUUCAACCAGAUCUUUAACUUAUUACCUAUUUAUUUCUUGCAUUAAAUAAAUUGUU